ACCAUUUAUACGGAAAGAUGUCAUCGGUAGUUUUUUGCGGAAAAAGAAACUUUUAAAUAGAACAUAUUGAAAAUUCUUGUUAUUAAGAAAUUUGUAAUUUUUUGUUAAACGCAUUUUUUAAAAACUACGUAUUUUGACUUGGAACUCUAAGAAGAGUUGAAUUUGUAUUGCUGCUGCACAUGUGAUCCUUUAGGUGUUAUCUUCGAUUCGUAAUGAAGAAGUUUACAAUUAAAGGCGUGCUUGACGGUUUCCGAUCGUCGGUACCGCAACCCGUCAAACCCGAUCAAGAAAUCGUCGAAAAUUUACGACCGGAACAUUUUCAAGUAAAGAAGACAUUCAGACAUGGGUUUCCACAUCAGCCGACAGCAGUGGCAUUCGAUCCAAUUCAAAGGCUUCUUGCUAUUGGCACUAAAUCAGGAUCUCUUAGAAUUUUGGGCCGGCCAGGUGUAGAUGCACACGUCAAACACGAAGGAUGUACAGCGGUGAUACAAUUACAAUUUUUAAUCAACGAGGGGGCAUUGGUUUCCGCCACUGCGGAUGACACGUUACAUCUAUGGAAUUUUCGGCAGAAAAUACCACAGGUUGUGCAGAGUCUAAAGUUCCAGAGAGAAAGAAUAACGUGCAUUCACCUACCAUUGCAAAGUAAAUGGCUGUACGUCGGUACGGAACGAGGGAACAUUCAUGUACUCCAUAUCGAAACAUUUGUCCUUUCUGGAUAUGUAAUUAAUUGGAACAAGGCUAUCGAAGUAUCUAGAAAGACCCAUCCUGGUGCUGUAGUACACUUGAGUGAUAAUCCUUUAGAUUUGAGCAAGAUGCUGAUAGGAUACGAGUCGGGACAAAUAGUUUUUUGGGACUUGAAGACGAAAAAUGCGGAUUACAGAUGCCAAAGCGACGUACCUUUGAGAUCGAUAUCUUGGCACCACGAGGGUAAACAGUUUAUGUGUAGUCAUACCGAUGGCUCCCUGUCAACGUGGACAGUGCGUCAAUUAAAACCAACGAAUAUAACGUAUCCACACGCGAAAACUACGAAAGACGGCGAGCCAGAACCUUGUAAACUGAUACAAAAGGUUGAGUGGAAGCUAUCAAGAUCGGGGGAAGCGUACGUUAUAUUUUCCGGUGGUUUAGCCUACGACACGACUGGCCGAACUCCAAGUAUAACGGUGAUACAUGGGAAAACUACCACCGUGCUAGAAAUGGAGCACAACGUGAUAGACUUUAUAACGCUCUGCGAAAAUCCAUGGACCAGUGAUUAUCAAGAUCCAUACGCCGUUGUGGUUCUACUACAAAACGACUUGGUUGUGAUAGAUUUAUUAACUCCCGGAUUCCCGUGUUUCGAGAAUCCAUAUCCAAUGGACAUACACGAAUCACCCGUCACGUGUUGCGCGUAUUUCGCGGACUGUCCAUCGGAUCUAGUGCCAGCGUUUUAUUCGGUCGGGUCCAAGUCUCAAAAGAAGACUGGAUUCAGCGAGAAGGAUUGGCCAAUAUCUGGCGGUGAAUGGAGCUCGAGCUCCAGCGGUUACAAUGAAAUUAUUUUGACCGGCCACGCUGACGGCAGUAUAAAAUUUUGGGACGCGUCAGCAGGCACGCUACAAGUCCUUUAUAAAUUAAAGACGGCGAAACUUUUUGAAAAAGGUAGAGCGCGUAGUUUAGAUUCGGAGGAGGAUCCUUUAGCGAUACAACUCAUCUUCCUUUGCCCCGAGAGUCGGAAAUUGGCUAUUGCGGGAAGCGGAAGACACGUUGUCUUGUUUAAAUUCAAAAAGGUCGAGAGUAUGUCCGAGGUGGUGACUCUGGAGAUAUCGCUGACAGCCGACCCGGUUAAGGAAGUGGAAAGCUCAUCCGAUCAUGAUUCUCCGGCUGGCAAUACUUCGGGAAGUAGCGAGUCGAAAAAUAACGAGUCGAGCCAAUCGCUCAAAAUUAAGACCGGUUUACAGAAGAGAGCCGCCGGUUUCCAGGCGACCCUAGUUUGCUUAACGGUUACUAAUAGCGGGGAACAAGCUGAAAAUAUAACAGCCCUCAGUUUGAACUCUUCGUACGGUUUAAUGGCUUACGGGAACGAGUCUGGCAUAGUGAUAAUAGACAUUGUCCAGAAGAUCUCUUUGAUCGUGUUGAACACCGGCGACAUCGGUGGUAACGUGGAUCUGUGUCAACGAGUGCUACGCAGCCCGAAACGUCAGGAUGAAUUGAAACGAGAAAACGAAGACAAAGCGAGGAGUCCUAGUACAGAUCAGACUCGUGGGGACACUGGCGCGGAAUCUGAAGGAUUAUUAGGGAUGGUGGCCGACAGGGACGGUCAACAUUCUCAGAAAUGUCCGCCGCCUCGCGGCCACGAAUAUCAAACUGGGAGCAAUAACGAUAAGGGAACCGCGGAGGAAUCUGUGAUUGAGAUCAAUAAAUCUGCGGUUAACGAGGAAGAGUGCGCUAAGAAUCAUCACGGUUGGAAAGGAUUCAAUCUGAAGAGGCAGCUCAGCAAGGUUGAUCUGAAAAUAAAAAGUACUUUCUCGCCGGCUUUGCUCACGUCUCAGAAUGGGGUAGGCAGUGAUACUAGCAGUCAGAAAUCUUGCGUUUUUUACUGUAACGUGAACGAAAACGCGAGUUCGUUGUCUCCAGUUGAGAGUAUCGUGUCGGAAUCAUCAUUGUCGCCCGAGGACUCGUUAUCGGAGCGCGGGGAGAGCCCGACGGGCGAGGAGACAGGGAAGAGGAAGAAUCGGGAGGAGGAAGCGAGGAGGAGGGCGGUGGUGGCGAUCGACGCCGCAGAUAGAAACAGAUGGAUCGGGCGGGGGGAGAGAGAGGCUCCCCCCGCGGAGAGGAGGCCGGACGGAGGUGUGGCCCGGCCUGUUAAUUUGACGUUGGCCGAGAGCCAAGAAUCGAGGCCCCCUAUAUUGAAGAAGAUCGUAAAGAUGAGGCAAGCGAAAAGGGAGGGUCGUUUGUUGUCGGUGCCGAAUUUAAAAUUUGCGAAAAAUGAUCCGACCAUGAUUUGUGACCUACGAUGCGAGGAAACGAACACGGCCCCCGAAUCUUUCACCUACAAUCUAAUAAGAAGAUUCAGCCGGGUAGACAAAUAUGACAGUUCGUUUCAACGGUCAAGGAGCUCGAGCAUGUCCUCGCUCGAGAAUAUCACCACCGAAACCAUCAGCUGCCUUACGUUCGCAGAUUCCUACACGAAAAAGAGCGAUACCAGCCCCGUACCAACGCUUUGGAUCGGUACCUCUUUAGGAUCUAUACAAACGGUGAUAUUUAACACGCCAGCUCGUGGAGAACGACACGCGCAUCCGGUCGUUGUUUCUACGUGCAACGGAUCUACCUUUAAGUUGAAAGGAUGCAUUCUAUCGAUGUCAUUCUUGGAUUGUAAUGGUGCCCUGAUUCCGUAUUCUUACGAGUCUUGGAAAGACGACAGUAUGGACAGCAAAGAGCGUAACAGAAGUCAAGGUAAAUGUACGAAUAGCCGAAUGUCCCCAUCGAUGAAUACGCCAGCAGGUACAGGAGACGGGUUCGAGGAUCGCCAAUUUGUCGUAUUAGCGUCGGAGAAACAGGCCAGAGUCGUGGCAUUACCGUCUCAAAAUUGUUUGUACAGGCAACAACUGGCCGAAACUCAUAUUGUGAUCAAAGCAGAGAUUACGACUUUAAAAGAUAACGUGUGUCUCGUUUGUUACGUUUCGAAUGGUCACAUAGCCACCUAUAGUUUGCCAAGUCUGAGGCCACUUAUAGACGUCGAUUUUCUACCGCUUAUAGAUUUGAGUUUUCAGACUACAAAACAUGGCAUUGUAGACCCCAUGUUGUCCAUAUGGGGUCAUCAACUCUUUGUUAAUGGCGAUACCGAUCAAAUUGCAAAAACGCUUUGCUUCAGCAAUAGAGGCCACGGCUUGUACCUCUCCUCGCCUACCGAGAUCCAAAAGUUUUCCGUUUCCAGUCAAUUUUGCGGCGAGUUAACCGAGAUGAUGGGAGACUUGUUCAUCGGUCACGAUAUGCCCGAGCCGCCCAAAGAGAGUUUCUUCAAAGGCCUGUUCGGCGGGGGGUCGCGAAGUCUGGACAGAGAAGAAUUAUUCGGCGAGUCGAGCGGGCGAGCUUCCCGCACGGUGGCGAAGCACAUACCGGGGCCGAACGCAGGGGCCGAGAGCCUUCGCGAGCGCGUGACAACGGCGACGGGCGAGGUGAACCUGGCCCAUCAAAUGGUGCUGGAACGAGGCGAGAAGCUGUCGCAGCUCGAGGACAGGACGGCGCGGAUGAUGUCGGAGGCCGAGAGCUUCUCUCAAUCUGCCCACGGAUUGAUGCUCAAAUACAAGGACAAGAAAUGGUACCAGCUAUGAGGAUCGAGGCCGCCGAUCGAGAUUCGAAUUUCGGAUUGCGUGCGAUUACAUUGCAGUCUAGCGUUCACGUUUCACCCAUGAGUUCUGUCUACGUACUAGCUAUGUCGUUGGAAGGGAUAAACUCCUGUAUCGGAUAAAUCGCGAACUUUACUACACGCACACACAGGAAACAUGUUACGUGAUAAAGGGCAUGCGAGCGAUACGAGGCGUGUGAAUGAAUGCGUGAAUGCGUGCGUGCGUGCUUCGAAGACGAGAAGAAAGAGGAAAGAGAGAAAUAGAGAGAGAAUGGGAGAGCGAAAAUGGAGCACGAGCAAAGGAGACAUAUAACGAGAUACUUUUACAAGCAGGUAUAUAUAUACACACGCACAUCUUUCAACAAAGAAUAUUAAAAAAGGAAAAAAAAAGAAUCGUAUAUAUACACGUAUAACACAGAUAUAAGAUUAAAUAUAUAUAUAUAUAUAUAUGCGCGAUUUCUCAAAAAUGUGUUAUAACCUCAAAAUAUAUAUAUAUAUAUACUACUUAUAUACAUAAGGUAUAAAGCGAAGAGACGAACGAUAUGCACGUUAACCAAGUGUGAAUCAAGCACGGAUAAAAUCGAGGAGAAGCGAGGAUGAUUGCUAUAUUCGAGAUAAAAGAAAUUAUUAUAGCGCAUAUAUAUAGGUUAAAUAAGGUAUAAAGGAAACCAAGUACUAUCUUAGGCAGGCAUAGGAUUCAACUACGUGCGAGUCAAUACACAAUUAUGUAACAAUUCGCCUUUUAACCGAUCGCUAUAUUUGUUAAUCCAUUCGGACGUCCUGUAACAAAUCCCAUUGUAAGAGGGAACGGGUGAAAAACACGUUACGAUUAAUUAAUUUAUCCGUGAUAAAGAUGAAAUAAAGUAGGAGGGGAGGAAAAAAAAUAAAUAAACGAAAACAAAAAAAAACAAAAAAAAGAUGGAAAUUGAAAAUUGAAAAGAUCGACGUUGGUCCGAAUGUAUUGACAAUAAAGGUAAAUUAAAUUAAUCAACCGAGAUAAAAGUUGAAUGCGGUGUAUAAUAUAUGAUUUACCUACGAUGUAUCGGAUCUUCGGGAUUAUAUUAGUAUUAUCGAUCGAGAUAAACCUGUCGCAUCGUUGAUAAACUAUAUAUUAGUUGUUAUUAAUCGUAGUUAUCGCUAGAUACGCUAUGUACAUAAAGGAAACAAAUGCAGUAGAAAGAAAUAUUAUACGUUAAAACAAAGAGCUGUUUGUAUAAUAACGUGUUGUAAGUUACGCUAGUUCAGCGUCGAUGAUGAAUUCAACUGAAUUUAUGGUACGAUGAAGGAGGGAAGAAGAGCUACUGUAAUUUUAAAAAAAUUAUACGUAGAUUAGAUUAUUUAAAGACAAUAUAUAUAUAUAUAUAUUAUACAUAUACAUACGUAUGUAUGCCGUAUAUAGUACGUAUCGUGGUAAGUUCAUUUGAAUUUAUCGAGAUUCUGAAUCGUCGUACUGCUUCCAUAGCAAUAAUUGUAUAGUUGAUGUUAAUGGUACUAAUCACCCGCAUAAAAAAACUUAUAUUAUAUAUAUAUAUAACGUGUCCUGCAGAGAAUUAAUUAGAUCGCAAUUUCUUCGAGUUGAGUCGAACAAACUACUUGAUUAUAAUUUCCCUCGGACAAUAUACGUAAGUAGAGGUUCGUUGGUGAACAACUGAACGAUGAACCACUUUUGUCACGAGAUGUAUUAAUAUUAUACCGUUGUGGUCCACGACAAGAAACAGGGUGGACUUGCUCGAAUAUCGUAAUUGUAAUAUCCAUAUGAAAAGUUUUUCGAAUUUUGGGAUUGUGAUAUACAUUACAUAUAUAUAUACACACACACACACAAGUAUAACGAACACAAGAGAACCGAGAAUUAAUUCUACUUUUAUUAACUUUAUUAAAUCAAUAUCUUUUCUCGCGACAGCUUUUAUCGUCUUGAUAGUCUCGAUAGUCUUCGAAAUCCAGCAGCUCGAUACGCCACAGAUUUCCUCAGAUAUAAAAUAAAGUCCCAACAAAAAAAAACAAAAAAAAAACAAAAAACAAAAAAAAUCAAAAAAAGUAACCGCUAUCGUGUGAUUAUAAAUAUAUAUAUAUAUAUAUACAAAACAUAAACGGGAAAACUACUACUAUUACUACUACUACUACUACUACUACUACUACUGCUACUACUACUACUAUUACUACUACUAUUACUACUACUACUACUACUACUACUACUACUACUACUCUACUACUACUACUACUACUACUGCUACUACUACUACUAUACCGAUAUCCUACAAAAGAAGAAGAAGAAAAAGAAACCAAUAGUGUAUUACGCGGAUAAAAAUAUCCUUCUCGGAUCUUUUGUGAAAGUGAGAAAAAGUUGUUUACCGCUCUAAAAAUAGAAUAGUAGUUAAAUGUAUAAUAGUUGCAGACAAGAAACAAGAAAUACAUUAUUACUUAAGUGUUUGAUAAUAUAACAUAUUCUAACACUUGUUGUAUAAAGACUAUCGUUUAGGUGAUUCUGAAUUAUUUAUCAUAUCAAACAGGUUGACAUAUGUUUGAAAAUAAUUUAUUGUUGUAAUAAAUGAAGUAAUUUAAAACUACUAGAUACGAUACGAACGAUAAACUAUAUAAAGAUAAUUAUUGUUUGGAGAUUAUACGCAUUAUCCAAAUUUUAACUCCUAUAUUUCGUUUCGCUUCACUGUGUCGAGGAAACGCAGGACAGGAAAUCGUAAAAACCAGAGAUUUAUCGUUAUGCCCGAUCGAAGAAAUUAUUUUUCAUACACGCACGUGCAGAAUUUAUCCGGUUGUAAACUUGGUUCGUCUCUUUAAUAUCGUCGUUCGAUUUAAUUAGAAAUUCUUUUCGUUAUAUAACGCACGAUUCUUCUCUACUAAGCUCGAUAAAAAAGAGGAUAACGUUCUUUUUGCGAAUUUAUUUUCCAUCCGUUGUUGUUGUUAUUAUUAUUAUUAUUAAUUUCAACAAAUCGAUCCAUCGUUAUAAUUAUAUAUCCGAGAGUUUUCAUUUUCGCACGAACGUACGGCCAAAUAUUUUCCAACGUACAAUUCCGUGCCGUUCUGUCUCGUUGAACGACCGUGCGUUUAGACCUACCUCUUCCCCCUCCACUCGCUCUGUAUCCUCCUUCGUAUCGAAUGUUCAUCACGUCUAUUCUGUCUAAAUAUCCUAUUUCGACGCUGUGGCCUGAAUCUGUAAAUCUAAUACAUUGUACAUGAAAUUUUUGUCCUUAGAUGCAGCGAAAUAUCUAAUACUCUCGAUUUAUACUAUUACUAAUCUAGUACAAUUCUUAUUUUUCAAGAAAUAUAAUAUACCAUGUUAUUGUAAAAGUACUGCCUCGAGGACAGACUGUAUCUUGGCUCCGAUUAAUAAAUGAGUUUGAACCAAA